GAGAGAUAUAGAAAAUAAAAAAAAAGGCAGAGAACAGAAAGAGGAGGGAUAAUUUAUGCAGCGGCCACAAAGAAGACGAAGAAGAUUGAAUUUUCUGAUUAAUGCCGCCGUGAUAUCACCACCACCACCACCACCACCACCACCAGAAGCAGCCCGUGAUUGAAGAAUUUAUUAGGUUUUUUUUUUUUGGUUUUUGUUUCCUUAAUUUAUUCUCUCAUAUUUAUCUUGUUUAGGGCACAAAAAAGGUUUAACAGUAGUCUGGAUCUGGGAUUAGAAACCUUGAAGGUGUUAUUUAAAGGUGUGGGCAGAGAUUUUAAUUUAGGGUUCAUAGUAUAUAACUUAAUGUUAUUGGGGCGUUGACGAAGAACAAGUAAUUGUGUUGCCCCAUGUUAUAGAGGUAAUUUAUAUUUCAUGCCGCCGGAACCCUCAACUUGGGAUCGAAAAGAUUUCUUCAAAGAGAAGAAGUAUGAUAGAUUGGAUUCUGUAAAUUCAAGAUGGAGAGGCGGAGGAGGUGACCCUUAUUUGGGAGGAGUUGGAGGACAUAGAGGUGGGGAUUUUACUCGAUGGGGAGGUGGUAACGAGGAUUUUCGAAGACCAUUAGCUCAUGGUAAGCAAGGUGGAUAUCAAAUUUUUCCCGAGGAAUCUGGUUAUGGAUGUACACCAUCAAGGUCUAGUGAGAGGAUGGUGGAAGAUGAGAGUAGUUUCAGAUCUUUUAGUUCUCGUGGGGGAGAGUCCAAGUAUGGAAGAAGCAGCCGAGAAGUAAGAGGAUCUAUCAUCCAUGGGAGUCCACGAGAGUGGAGAGGACAUCCGCGGGAAUCUGGAGUCGAUGUCUCGUUUAACCCUUUUGGACGGCACCAUGAUUUAACUACUCAAAGGUCAGUCAGUGAUAUUAUGACAUCUCAUCAUCAUUCUGAUGCUGAAAAUACUCUCUUGGAUCCACAUCCCUUCAGAGAUGAGCAUGAUAAGAUGGGUGGUUUGGAUGCCUUGGGAACAGGCCACAGAUAUGAGAGAGACCAUUCUUUGGGAGGAUCGAUCCCGUGGAAACGUUCGAAAUGGAAUCGUUCUAGCAGCUUAUCUUCCAGAGGUUCGGGUUUCAGCCAUUCAAGUAGCUCAAGGAGUAUCCGAACAGAUUCAGAUGAAGGUAAGACUGAGUUGCAUCCUGGAAGAGUGACUCCACUUCGCUCUCCUUCAGUGGAGACAUCUGGUGAUUUACCAACUUCUUUGAACGAUGAAACAUGUCCAAGGAAGAAACCACGUCUUGGAUGGGGGCAAGGGUUGGCCAAGUAUGAGAAACAGAAAGUUGAAGUCCCUGAACGGAAGCCUGCUGAAAACCCUGUUCAACAACCUGUUGAAAAACUUGUGGAGAAGUCUGUUGAAAAACCUGCAGAGAAGUUUGUUGAAAAAUUUGUGGAGAAGUUUGUUGAGAAACCCGUAGAAAAGCUUGUGGAGAACUCUGUUGAAGAACCUGUCGAGAAAACUGAUGAGAAGCCUGUUGAGAAGGAAUUCAAUGAAGUGCGGAGGUCUACUGGAACACAGUCUGAGCAAGAGCUUGUUCUUGAAGAUGCUUCAAGUCUAAAAGACUUGCCCAAGGAGUUGCCUGAUGAGAAUCCUGUUGAGAAAUCUGCUGAGAAGCCUGACGAGAAUGCAAAAUCUGGUGAGAAGCCUGAUGAGAACGCAAAUAGCAAAAAACCCACUCCAACCAUAGUAAUAACAAGCUCUGAUACGAGCCCUAGACUCACAGGCUUGUCAGAAUGUUCAUCUCCUCCAACACCAUCUUCAUUUGCUUGCAGCUCUUCCCAAGGUCCCGAGGAUAAGCAUCUCCUCAGUUGUGAAAGAAAUGAUAAUCAGACAAGUAGUUCAAGAGGUUCACCGAGUUGUGGAUUUCUGAAUUUUGUGGAGGGGUUUUCAGUAAAUCUACAGCAUCUAGAGCUUACUCUGCCUUUAAACUUGAACUCUCUGCUUAGUGAUCUGACGCAACCAGAAGACGUAAACUCCGGGGAUUCCAACUAUUUGAGGUCUACUGCCAUGAAUAAGUUGCUUUUGCUAAAGAGUGAAUUUUUGAAAGCAGUAGAAAAGACAGAAGGAGAAAUUGAUAAGUUUGAAAAUGAACUCAAGCAAUUGAAUUCUGAACCUGAUACAGUCAGUGUUAGUCCAGACACAACUGAUGCGGUGCAGCUAAAUUCUGGAUUAAAAUCUUUUGAAGUAGUUGGUGCAGAUUCUAAAGUUUUGCUGAAGCCUGCUCCAUUGCAAGUUGUAUCCUCAGAUGAUUUGCACUCAGAAAAGACCUUAUGUGAUGAUAUUAUGAGAGAAAGUCAUGCUGAAGUAGAGGAUGAGAUUGACAGUCCAGGAUCUGCUACAUCAAAGUUUGUUGAACAUUCUACAGGGAAAGCAGACCUUAUUGCUCUUGUUGAAGAAUUAAGUUGCAGGUCGCCUGAGAAAAAUAAUUUGCCUUCCACUGAGAAGAAGUCCAAGGAUGAACUCUGUAUAGGUGAUACUAAAUCAGUAAAUGAAAUGAGUACCUUCUGUGAUGCUUCCUCUGAGUUGGUUGGACAUAACUACGAUCAUGAGCAAUUAGUUGAAGCAAUUUUGGCAGCUAAUAAGGAUUCUGCAAGAAAUGCUUGUGAGGUAUUUACUAAUUUAUUGCCUGCUGAUGGACCUGAACUUGAGAAACGGGAAGUGAAUCUUGAUUCAUGCCCGCAGAACAAUGUGAUCCUCAAAGAAAAGGUCAGGGCGAGAAUGCGUUUACAGCGAUUCAAAGAGAGAGCCCUGACUCUCAAAUACAGGGCACUUCAACACAUGUGGAAAGAAGACAUGCUUUUGCUUUCGGUGAGGAAGUGUAAAUUGAAGUCACAGAAGCGAGUGGAAUCCAGUUUGAAAUUUUUACACAAUGGGCAACAGAAGCAUCGGUCAUCCAUCCGGUCUCGUUUCACUUCUCCUGGUAAUUCGACUUUAGUUCCGACUGCAAAUAUCGUUGAUUUUACCAGCAAACUUUUGUCAGAUUCUCGAGUGAAGGUUCAUCGAUCUAGUCUGAAGAUGCCAGCGUUAAUUUUGGAUGAGAAGCAAAGGAAAUCCUCAAUGUUUGUUUCAAAUAAUGGCUUAGUUGAGGAUCCUCUUUCUGUUGAGAAAGAAAGGCUUAUGGUCAACCCAUGGACCCCCGAAGAGAAGGAAGUAUUUUUGGAGAAGCUUGCUGCUUUUGGGAAGGACUUCAAUAGAAUUGCUUCCUAUCUUACUCACAAGACUACGGCUGAUUGCGUUGAGUUCUACUACAAGAACCAUAAGUCAGAAAGUUUUGAAAAAAUAAGGAAAAAGAUGGAUUCUAGAAAGCAAGUGGGAAAUCUUCCAAAUACGUACCUUAUGACAUCAGGUCAGAAGUGGAAUCGUGAAGCAAAUGCAGUGUCUCUUGAUGUGUUGGGAGCAACUUCAAUGAAGGCAUCUCAUGCUGAUGACAGUGAGAAGACUCAACAGUCCAGUGUGGGUAGGCCAUUCUUGUUACGACAUUGUGAAUAUAAAGCGUCAUCAUCCUCUGAUUUUGCUGCGGUUAGCAAGUCGAGCACUUCAGACAUGUUGGGGAAUGAGAGGGAAGUUGUAGCUGCAGAUGUUUUGGCUGGCAUCUGUGGUGCUUUGUCUUCUGAAGCAGUGAGUUCUUGUAUCACAAGUUCCAUUGACCACGUAGAGGGUUGUCAGGACUGGAAGUUCCGAAGGAGGAAUUUGGUAGCUGAUGAUUGCUCUCUUACUCCUGAGGUCAUGCAGAAAAUUGAUUGUCAAGAAGCCUGUUCAGAUGAAAGCUGUGGGGAAUUUGAUUCUGUGGAUUGGACAGAUGAAGAGAAGUUGGUUUUUAUUAGGGCCUUUAGGUCUUACAAUAAGAAUUUUUCGAAGAUCUCCAAGUGUGUUAGAACUAAAUCAAGGGAUCAGUGCAGAAUAUUCUUCAGUAAGGCUCGGAAGUCUCUUGGGCUGGAUUUAAUUCAGCCUGGGUCGGACAAUGCAGGGACGCUACUUAGUGAUGAUAAUGGAGGAAGAAGUGACACAGAAGAUGCUUGUGGUAUGGAAAUUGAGUCUGCAAUAUGCAGCACUCAGUCCUGUACAAAGAUGGAUGUGGACUUACCGCUGUCUGUGGCAAACACCGAUGAUAAAGCAUUAGAGCGUGAUAAGACCACUCAUACUCUUGCUGAACAUCACAAAUUAUGUGACACGGAGCAAUCAGAUUACGGGGAUAGUGACCCUAGGAGGGAAGUUCCAGAUGAUUUUCAGGCUAUGGUCACGCCAGAAGGAAAAGUUAUGGCAACCGAGAAGAUUGUGCAGUGCAAUGGAGUGGUGAAAGAAGCUACAAUAAGUUGUGAGUUUCCUGUUCAAGCCCACGAAGGUGCUAGUUUUACUGCUGAAACUGAAACUGAAACUGUAAAAGAACUUGGAGUUAGUCAGCCUGUUUCUCUACAUGAUGAUACUGCAUGCGGUGGAGCACCAGCAGAACAACUCAAGGUCAUCCCUGUGGUAUCUGCUGAGAUAACUGCAGAAUCAUCCAUAAAGUUGCAUAAUGGUGGCAGAGAUGGUCAAUAUGUGAAGGAUGCUGGUGUAGAUAUUAAAAGCAAUAGAAGUAGUGCGUAUAGCAGUGUACCAGAAUCCAAGAUAAACGGAAUUCUCACCCCAGGCAUAUGUCCGACUCCCAACUACCAUAGCGAGAAUUCUCGAGAUCUGAUUUCUUCUGGGCAGGCCCCUCCGGUCAUGUUUUGGCAGCAGAAGGAGAAUUUUCCGUCUAUCUCAGCAAAUUUGUGCCCGAGGGAUUCCGCUUCUGCUCAUUGUGAGGGCCAUCUUGGGAAGUCUACGCCGUCGUCCACACUUAAUUUCGAGAACAGGAAGCGUCAGAGAUCUGAAAAUGUUGAUGCUUAUCAGCCACAGUUAUUAGGAAAUGGCACACUGAACCAGGUUGAGUCCUCCCAGAUUCUCAGAGGAUACCCACUCAAGGUACUGAAUAAGAAAGAGAUCAAUGGGGCUGCUGAGUCUAACCAGAUUUUACAUGGUCUUUAUCAUGAUACAGGCGAUGCUUUAAAGGCCCCAAGGUUGUUGUCUGAGAUGCCACUUCUUGUUAGGGGCGGUCAUGAGCAAAGGUCAAGAUCUCGUUCUCGUAGUAGUUCUGAUACAGAAGAGCAUUCUCGUAGGAAUGGUGAUGUGAAACUUUUUGGCCAGAUUCUUAGCCAUCCUUCGCCUGUUCCACUGUCAUCUCCACUGACUACAAAUCAGCUGACUGACAGUAAGAUUGAAACCCCUAAAUUGAGCAGUAGCAAGUCAUCAUCCAACUUGAAGCUCAUCAAUGAUCAUGCGAAUGAAGGAGUUCCUUCGCCGUUGAAGCAUGAUGCAGCAGGCAAUCAUUAUGGAGCUAGUGAAUACCCUAUGCAGAGUUACGGUUUCUGGGAUGGUAACAAAAUACAGAUGGGACUUCCGUCUAUACCACCUGAUUCUGCCAUUUUGUUUUCAAAAUAUCCGACAGUAGCAUUUAGUGAUUUCUCUACCACAUCUUCAUGCAUUGAUAAGCAGCAGCAGACAAUGUUGAAGAGUAAGGACCGGAAUUUGGGAUGUGUAUCAGUUUAUCCUACAAAGGAUGUCGUUAGUAGUGCUAGUAAUCAUCAUAACAAUAGUAGCAGUAGUAAUAAUAAUAGUAGUAGUAGGGGUUUGGCAGAUUAUCAUAAGGUGUACAGAAGCCAUGAUGGUUCCAAGGAUGUGAUGAAGCAACGAAAUGAUAUGUUCCCCCAGUUACAGAAACCAAAUGGGUGUGAAAACCUGCAGCAGCAGCAAAUUCAAGGGAGAGGUGUGGUGGGAAUGUUGAACGUGAUGGGUGGUGGUGGGAUCCUUGUGAGAGGGGUUUCAGAUCCCGUUGCGGCCAUAAAAAUGCAUUACGCAGCCUCCACUGCAGAACGAUAUGGUGGGCAGGUUGGGAGUGUGAUGAUGAUGAGAGAAGAGGAUCCGUGUUGGAGAGGAGGGGACAUAGGCAGGUAGUAGGGGGAGAAACGCUGAAACAGUGAUAGGGCAUCUUGAAAGAUGAUCGUCAUGAUCAUCAAUUGGGAUUAGAAAUUUUUUCAGUAGUAUGGUUUUUGGGUCUGGUGGGGUUGGAUGGCCGUGGUGAGGCAUCAUGUUGCUCGACAACGGGUAUAUACUCGCGCGACUCUUGUAUAUUAGUGUUUUUUGUAACCUUCAAAAAAUGGGAAGUCCAUUCUUUUGUCUGAAAGUGCUUGUACUAGUCAGUAUAUGCAAUAUUUGUUGUAUCUUGUAGAUUAUGAAGGUGAUAUGAUGGAAAAAAAAACUACAGGAGGAAGAAGUUUGGGAGAGGAAAAAGAAAGAAGUGUUUGCUUAAAAGGAGUGCUUUGUAUGUCUAUUCCCUGAGUUAUUUAAUAAUUUUAGCAUUUUCACUCUCU